AUGCCUCACGGAAGUGGGGCACCGUCGCCUUCACCACCGCGCCCCUCCUCCAAACCCAACCGGGACCGGAAGGAACAGGGGCGCGUGUCCAAGAACCACAGGCCCACGCAGCGCGUCAACAUACGGGCUGCAGUGCAGCGAUGGUCCGAGGCGCCCGAGGACGCAUCGAUGUCGCGCACGGCCUCCGGAAGCCUGGGAGCGGGGGAGGAAUUCUUCCCCCCGCCCACCUCGACCCCCGACACCCCGGCGUCGCCCUCGCCGCCGCCACAUACGGCCCCACCUUCGUGGACCGCACCGGCGAGAACCGCGAGCGCGCCAGAGCCUAUGGACGUGGCACCCCCACGCCCCACCACCGCGGCUCGUGACAUGGGUGUCACACACCCAACCGCCGCAACGUCCGCAACCCCUCGGCCUACUCCAAGGUCCCCGUUGAGGACCGCGCUGGCGCAGCCUGCCGACGCUACGGCCAAAGCUGCACGCGCCCACGCCACCACCUCAACCUCGGCUUCGAAAACGAGCCACAAACCGCCGUCGGGGUCGAAGACUUCAACAGCUCCGCCGCGCUCGAAGAGGCCCCACCAGCCCGCGACUGCGCCUACUCAGCCCGCGCCCCCAAGCGCUGCGCCCCCGCGCGCCGCACCUGUUUUGCCUGCGCCCCCGGACAACAGCAUGCCGGGACGCUUUCCCUCGCCGACCAAGGAGCCGGCGGGCAAGCGGCAGGCCAUCUACACCUCGCCGCCCUUCCGCCCGCCCCCCCUCCUGCCACCAUUCGCGCCGCCCCAGCAAGUGGCCGCGCCAAAGGCGACGUACGCAGCCGCUGCGUCGCCCACCGCCACCGGCACACGCGCCCCCACACCUGCAACGGCCGGCGCCACCGCGCCGAAGACUCCUGCCGCCGGCAACAUCGGCGCCCCCGCACCCACGCCGACAACCGCCGCCGCACCCGCGCCGACAAGCGCCCCCGCGCCCGCGCCGUCCAGCGCCCCCGCCCCCAGGGCGCGUUACCCACCACUCAUCGUGGAGAAACUCCCCAACUGGGUCGAGCACUUCGCGGCGCUGAGGCAGCGGCUGGGACACGCGCCCAACGCGCGCCCCUUCGGCAAAGGAAUGCGCUUCACGCCACGCUCCGACGUGGAGUAUAGGAGUAUCCAGACCUACCUCACAGACCUGGAGAGGACCCAGGGGAUAGCCUGGUUCUCCUACUCCCUACCAGCGGAGCGAAGCCUGAAGGUGGCCAUCAGAGGGCUGCCUGCGGAGACGCCAGUGGACGCCAUUCAAGAGGCUCUGCGCGACUGCGGCUACAACGCCGAGUACGUCCGCCCCAUCCGUGCGCGCCAGGGACGACCUGGGUGUCUUUUCUACGCCCAGGUGGCGCGCACCGAAGACACCAUCCCGGGCAUCUACGGAGUAACGGAGUUGCUCUGCAUGCCCGGGAUCAAGAUCGAGGCAUGGCGGGGCAAGAAGGGCCCUGCGCAGUGCCACCGCUGCCAACAGUUCCGGCACUCGUCGCAUAACUGCCACCGGCCCAUAGCCUGUGUGCGAUGCGGCGAGGCGCACCCGGCCAGUGAGUGCCCCCGCCCCAAGGAAGAGCCGCCGACCUGCGCGAACUGCGGAGGCGCCCACACGGCGAACAACUCAUCGUGCCCGGUGUUCCGCCGCGAGACGCGCAACCCGAAGGCGGGCACAGUAGCGCGCACCACCGCCACCACCACUUCGAAGCCAGCUGCGGCACAGCCAAAGGGUGAGUCUGACGCCCCUGGCUCCCUCAUGGCCGCAGCCAACGAGCCGGGCAGCAAGCGCCGCACAAGGCGCAGGCGCAGGAAGGCGAAGCAGGCGCCCCCUGCCGCCACCACCGCCGCCGCCGCCGCCCCCGCUCCCGCCACAACCGCCGCCCCCGUCGUCGCCCGCUCCGUGACGCACACCACCGCCGCCAAAGCGCCUGCCUCCGCUAAAGCGCCUGCCGCCGCUAAAGCGCCUGUCGCCGCCGCAACCAAGGCGAAACGGCAAGCCCCGCCGAGACCUCCGCCACAGGUACUCACCAUUAACGACGUCGUCCGAAUCCUGCAAGGGAUCGUGACGGCGCUCGUCACCCAGCGGAGCGAUCCAGUGCCGCUGCUCCUAGACGCGAUCAAGUCCCUCGUUUGCGAUGGACCAGCGGCACCUUAG